CAAAAGAGCCUCCACAUUCGCGCCUGCGCACGUGACCGGUCAGACUAGUGGAGGAAAUGGCGGGCCUGGGACUGAAGGGAGUUUACGUUCCCGCCAGCCAACAUACUCUCUUCAUCAGGGGGCUGCGGGGGGACACGGACAAGGACGAGAUCAUAGACUUCUUUACAAAACAUGGUGGGAAAUGUUCUUUUGACUUCUUCAAGCAGUCUGACAACAAGGAGGUUUUGUUCGUGGCACUUCGCUUCCAGAGAAGAGACAUCGCCAAGGACAUCUUCAACAAGUACAAUGGUAAGCUGAUAUUUGGAUCCCGUGUACAGAUCUCAUGGUUUAAAGACUUCAGGAGACAUUCCUACUCCAGUCGCGGCCACUUUCGGGGAAGGUGGCAGGGAAAAGAACAACACUUCAAGCGAGGGACGGCAAUCCGUACACCGGGGGCACACAACUUGUCGGGAGCCCGCGGCAGGGGGCCUAUGGGCUUCAGGGAGAAGUCCGUGCUGAGACUGAGAGCAGCGGCCAACCCCUUCAUACGCAAACCUGGGUACAGACAGCCGAUGCCCCCUGCUGGCGGUUUUUAUGACGAGGAGGCGAGGAGGAGCUAUAGUCGCAGCCGUAGCAGAUCCAGGAGCCGCAGUAGGAGUAGUGAUCAACGGUUUUCUUCCGGAGACGACGAGAUGUACCGGGCUCACUCCCACUCGCGAUCGCCGAGCUCCCGCCGCACGCAUUCCAGCCACAGCCCCGAACGCAGACGCCAGCAGUCACCGCAGAAGCACCGCUCGCUCACGCCCGUCAAACACCGCUCCAUGACGCCGACAGGCCACCGGUCGGUGUCGCCACAGCGCUACCGUUCCAGCGCGACCCCACCCCAGCAGCACAUGGACCCGUCCCGCCACCACAGCAUGUCCCCCAUGCGCCAGCACUCCCCCACGUCCCCCCACCCCCACGGGAGGGACUACAUGGAGGAGUACAGCCCCAACAUGCAGGCCAUGGGGAAGCGGUCUCGAAGCUCCAGUCUUACAAGAGACCACUCGCCUAAAAGGCUUCGUAGUAGCAGCUACGGAGACUACAUUCCUGAAGAGAGCACGAUAUCCCACCCUCCCGCGGGAGGGGGCGACAACAUGGCGUCCACUUCCGGCAUGUUCGCGUCGCCGGGGGCAACCGCCGGCCCAUCCCAGUUCUCUCAGUCCCCGCUGAAGAGGAGCGUGUCCCCCGACCGCGGCGGGACAAGCAUCCAGGACAUCAAGAGAGGCCUGCCCGCUCGGACGCCGCCUCGGACGUCAACCUCCUCAACGCCCUCCACUCCCAGUAACUCCCAUCCUUCGGGGUCAGACUCUGCGGCAGACACCCCCUCCAAGUCGCCGAAACCACCGGCCAAAAAGGGCAGCAAAAACGCAGCCGCAUCCAAAGCUGCGUCUAAGAACAACAGCGGAAAGGCGUCCCCACCGCCGGCAUCGAAAAAGAUGACGUCAGAAGGCAAGGGUGGCGAGAAUUCCAACACAGCGUCCAGACAUGCAUCCGGAGGCAAGGCGGGGUCCAAGACUCUUUCCAAGGAGGACCUGAUGCUGAAGCAGAUCAGGAAGAAGAGAAGAGAGAUUGAAGAGGCCUACAGACAAGACUGUGAGACCAUUGGAACAGUCUGCAAGAUGCUCAUAACGAAAGACCCAACUAUCGAGGAGAAACUGUCCCCUGCCCUGAAGGAGUGUCUGAAGGACCUGGGUGAUCGCUGUAUCCAGGAGCUGAAGGAUGCCAUCAAGACUUUGGAGGACAAGUCAAGCAGUUAGGGCUUUGUAAUUGAUACGCAAUUGUAACAGACUUCAAUAUGUUGGAAUGGGCAAGACAUUUGGUACAAUUUUUUUUUCAAUUCUGUUAUAGGAAUAUCAUUUGAACUGAAGAUGUAUUUUAAUUAAUAGUGUUUCGAUUGGUUAUGCUUGUAUGGUUUCCAUUUUGUUAUGUUUUUUUGCGAGAAUUUACUUGUGAGAAUUGUUUUGAUGUUAGGUUAAACUGUUCUGGUGGAAUGUAGUGGAGAAAAUCAAUUGAAGAAUUUCUGAAGAAGUAUUAUUUUCUGUUUGUAAGAAAUUAGUACAAAGUAUAGUCCUGAAGAUUGGUGACUAUGUUUUUUUUGUAUCUUUGAGCAGUUUAAAGUCCUUAAGAAUAGGAACAUGCAACACUUAAAUAAUGUCACACAUCUACGGUUUGUAUGAUCUCUGACAGUAGUAACUAUGAAUAAAGAGACUCUUUUUACACAGCCAUAUUCAGUGACCGUCUCUCAACUUCAGGGUAAUUGUACUGCAGCACAGAUGUUGCUUCUUACAGAUCAGAUGCGGUCACAAACGUAAAGCAUUCACAUAUGUACAGUCAGAAUUGCUCUGCAGAUUGUGAAAGGGUCACCAAAACAUUGGGGAGAAUAAAGCAAUGGUUGUGUAAAAAACAGUCUCUUUAUUCAGUGACGUACCAACCUGAUGAAACUUUUCACAUACCUAUGAUUUGUCAUGAUUAGUUGUGUACCUUGUGUCUAUUUUGAUGGACAGUUGUCUCCAAUGUACACAUAUUGUUGCCAUGACUACUGGUCAAUUGGUGUAAAAAAAAUGGGAUAUGUUAGUAUUAUUGAGAACAGAAAGGUAUCCCAGACUUACAGCUUAGUACUUAUCCAGUGCUUUUUUAAACCCUGUUUGGAAGCACUUUGCCAUUUAUACUUUAGUCUUGUGUCUGGAAGAUUUUAUCAUGUAAAGCUACAUGUAUGCUUGCAGUGUUUUACAAACAUUUCUCCAAUUUGUAGCUCUGUAUAGGUAUCAUCUAGUGCCAUAAUUCAAAUGCAACAUGGUCAAAGUGAAAAGCUACGAGCACCAAAAGAAAAGGGUGGUGUCAUACCAUCCAGAUUUUAUUGUAUCUCUUCCACCACUUUUCAGAAAAUGCUUGAAAAGUGCUAGCUUCAUUUUCAGUCUUUACUGUACCAGACAUAUUUUUAGUAUACAAAAUAAACAGGACAGUGAAGGUAAGACAUCAAAGAGGUAAUACGAUACACCAAAUGUCAAUUACUUAUUAAGCAAUUUGAUAUGAUGUUGGAAAUGGACAUGACAGACGUUUUGAGUAUGUAGUAAUUGGUAAAAUUAACAUAGACAAGGAUUGAAAAUUUAGAACAGAUGUAGUGUAUUCAACGGUUGUAUGCAUGGUAAUAAUGUCCUAAUUAUGGUACAAAGCAAACAUGGAAAUACUGAUACAAAAGUUGCUUUGGACAGUUAUUUGUAUAGAUUCUGGUAAUUUUGUAGUGUUAAGAUGCUUGUACAUUUACCAACAUUAGAUAAGAAAGGAAACAUUCAUUUGGUGGCUGCUUUAGUCUUUGAUUAAUCCUUUGAGCUGCAAGUUAAGUCUUUAAGUUAAAGCCUUAACUCAAGUUAAAGUCUUGAAGGCAAGUUCCUUAUAAUAAUUCAAAACAAACACAUUAGAUAAAAAUAAUUUAGAAUUUUAUAUGGAGAGGGGACUUGGUCAAAGUUUGCAAUUGCAAAAAGCUAGAUGGUUGACAUAUAACAGAAUAACAUUUGUAUAACAGAAUUACAUACAUUUGUAAAAUGGAAUUACAUACAUUUGUAUAUUGCAAGAUUGAGCAUAUUGCUUAUUGCUGACUAAUGUUUUGUAUAACUAUUUGAAUAGAUAUGCUCAUUGGUAUUGGAGCUUUUCAAUUAUGGACUUUGGUGAAUCAGCGUAGUUAAUUGUGAACAAUGCAGGUUUUAUGCCUACAUUAAACAUUGUAAAUGUGUAGUUUUCUACUGGUGAAUGUUUAAAACUUUGAUAAUUAUUUGCCAUUGUUAUCGUAUGCUUUUUGCACAUGUGGGCCGGAGUCAGUGAACUUUUUUACUGAUGCAUGUAUAUUUGCUAGAGGACAGGUAACAACAGAUUCACAGGACAAGUGGAACCUACAUGUAUCGUAUGUGAAACAUUUCUUACCAAUGCAUGAUACCUGUGAUGCUAUUCUGACUUCGAUCAUGAUUGAACUAAUGCUAUUGCUACACAAACAUUUACAUGUAUAACUUGAAAAGGGUGGAAAUUGGAGGAAAUAUCAACGAGACUAAGAUGUUUGUGUAUAAAAUACUUACAAGGAGGAUCAAUAAAUGUAUUAAGGAUGUACCAUA